GAAGCCCAGAGCUGUGUUUUGAGUUCUUUGUGCCAGAACACGCAGAGAGCGGUUAAGAGAUAGACGUUAACAAAGAAAACUCCACACUGACAUGCACAAGUGCUUAUAUUCAUGGAUUUCUUUUCAGAAACAAACCGGAUUUGUUUAAUAGCACUUACUUUUGAAGAUUUUAACCCUUGCUGUUAUUUUUGAUGUUUUCCAGAAAGUUGGUCUCUUGGGGAUAAGGUGUUGAUGGUUUUCCUGCAGUGAUCAUAAGUUUGUGAAGGUUUCCUAUCCGGUAACAGUCAUGGUGCUCAUUUUGGGUCGCCGUCUAAAUCAUGAGAACUCUGGCGGUGUCCCAGAAUCACCAGCAAUCAAACGCAAAGUCUUUGAGAUGGAGACAAAGACCCUGAGUGAUGUUUUCAACUUUUCUUCCGGCUCCUCUCACUCCGAGAGCGUACUCCAAGUCUUCAACGAGUUCCGCGACAGUCGCCUCUUUACAGACGUGAUCAUUAGCGUCCAGGGCCGUGAGUUCCCUUGUCACCGCGCCGUACUGUCAGCCUGCAGCAGCUACUUCCGUGCCAUGUUCUGCAACGACCACAGGGAGAGCCGAGAGAUGGUGGUGGAGAUCAACGGCAUCCAGGCAGACGCUAUGGACACCUUCCUGCAGUACGUUUACACCGGUCGUGCCUGUAUCACCACACUCAACGUCCAGUUCCUCUUCGAGACCUCCAGCCUCUUCCAGAUCACCACAUUGCGGGAUGCUUGUGCAAAAUUCUUGGAAGAGCAACUGGACCCCUGCAACUGCCUUGGGAUCCAGCGCUUCGCAGAUGCCCACUCUCUCAAACAGCUAGCCAGUCGUUGCCGUACUUUUGCCUUGCUGAACUUUCCAGAUGUGGCUCAGCAUGAGGAGUUCCAAGACCUCCGCAAGGAUGAGCUGGAGGAAUACCUGGCUAGUGAUGAGCUGUCCAUUUGCAGGGAGGAGGUCGUGUUUGAGGCAGUGAUGCGAUGGGUUUACCAUGGCGUGGAGUACCGGAGACCCAUGCUGAAAGACCUGCUACAACACGUUCGACUGCCUCUGCUGCAUCCAAACUAUUUUGUACAGACGGUGGAAGGUGAUAAACUGAUCCAGAAUGCUCCAGAAUGUUACCAGCUGCUGCACGAAGCACGUCGGUACCACGUACUUGGCAAUGAGAUGAUGUCACCACGUACCAGACCACGCAGGUCCACUGGUUUCUCUGAGGUCAUCGUGGUGGUGGGAGGUUGUGAGCGGAUGGGGGGGUUCAAUCUGCCAUAUACAGAAUGUUACGAUCCCGUGACGGGAGAGUGGACGUCCCUUGCUAAACAUCCCGAGUACACGAAAUCCGAGUAUGCAGUGUGCGCCCUCCGCAAUGACAUUCUUCUGUCAGGUGGACGCAUCAACAGCAGUUAUGUGUGGAUGUAUAACUCGCAGCUCAACGUCUGGAUCAGAGUGGCCUCUCUAAAUAAAGGACGCUGGAGACACAAAAUGACUGUCCUGCUUGGGAAGGUGUAUGCAGUUGGAGGUUAUGAUGGACAGUGUUAUCUCAAUAACGUGGAGGUGUACGACUCCUUCUCUAAUCGCUGGACCGAAGUGGCCCCUUUGAAAGAAGCCGUCUGCUCGCCGGCGGUUACCAGCUGUGCAGGAAAACUUUUCGUCAUUGGAGGAGAACCUGAUGAAAACAGCUGCUCUAAUAAGGUGCAGUGUUAUGACCCAGAGAGCGACAGCUGGCAGCUAAGGGCCUCUGUUCCUUUCACCAAGCCCAAUAUUUCAGCCGUUUCUCUCAAUCACCUCAUCUACGUGUGCGGAGGUCUCACCAAAUCCAUCUACUGCUACGACCCUUCACAGGACCACUGGAUGCACGUGGGCCACACGUUCAGCAGACAGGAAAGCUGUGGUGUAUCAGUUUGUAAUGGAAAGAUCUACAUCCUGGGUGGACGGGGAGAAAAUGGCGAAGCUUCCAACAAUGUUGUGUGCUAUGAUCCAUCGUCUGGCAUCAUCACAUCUACAGCUGCCAUGCCUCGACCCGUCUCCUACCAUGGCUGCGUCACCAUACACCGCUUCAGUGAGAAACAACACAAACCCUAAAACACACAUGCAAACGCCCCAACACGGACCCGUCUGAUUUCCUCAACAUGCUGAAGCCGUUUAGAUUCGUUAACUGAGGCGACAGUUACCUGUUCUUCUGGAAUGUGGAAGUGUGUAAACAUAAACUUCCACAUAACUGAAAGCAUUCAGAGAAUUUAUGAAAUGUGAUGGAGUAAUCGGCAGUCUUGCUGAAAAUAAACUCGCUUCCUAUACUCUUUCUUUCUUUUUUGGAAGUGCGAAUGUUUUUUUUUUUGUUUUUGUUUUUUGCUCAUUUGAACUCUUUUUUUAUCCAUUUAUUCAUUUAUUUUCUUUUCAGCUAAGUCCCUUUAUUAAUCCAGGGUCGCCACAGCGGAAUGAACCGCCAACUUAUCCAGCAUAUGUUUUACGCUGCGGAUGCCAGCUGCAACCUAUCACUACGAAACACCCAUACACUCUCAUUCACACACAUACACUACAGACAAUUUAGCUUACCCAAUUCACCUAUAGCGCACGUCUUUGUACUUGUGGGGGAAACCGGAGCACCCGGAGGAAACCAACACGGGGGGAACAUGCAACUUUUUUAUCCAUUACUUUGACUAUUGUUUUGAGUUGUUUUUGUUGAAUUAUUCCUAAAUUUUGACCGAUUGAUUUCAUGGCAUGGAGAAUUUAGCAAAGAUUUUUUUUAUCCAGAUUUACUAAAAGCUUGCGUUAACGUUCGUCUUGGGAGAUAAAAACUACUGUCAGAAUUUAUCAACUAAACAGUGAACAAAAUAGUCAUGAAAAUACACUUAUUUAAUGCGGCCGCCAUUUUAAAAAAUGAAAGCGAGGCUGUGGUGGGCAGAAAUCCGAAAGUAUAGCAUCAGCACUGUAAACAUUGCAUCAACAUGCUGUGGACUACAAACCUCCAGCUGUUGCAGUGAUGUCAAAGUGCAGAUAUGGUGUAAACAUCACUUUUAUAUCAUUAAGUUAAGUUUAAUUUAAACAAUUAAAGGCAUAUUGGGCAUCAAACUAAAUCAGAAUCUCUUUAAGAGUAAUAAAGCUUAAUAAGUGUCCUCCUAGGCUUCAGUUUAUGGCAGCAGGUAAGCACCAUGGGGACUCUUCCCUGCUUCAGCCUCUGUAACCCGGUGAGCGAUAAAACAGUGCAGUCCUCUGUAGCACACCCUCGUGUUGUCUGUAAUAGUGUUGUCCCGGUAGUGAAAUUUAAAAAACGUCCAUUCCCACACUAACAUUUAGGCGCUGUAGAGCGCAUUCUUAAACACAGCUGAUUUGCCACAGUAUCCACCAGUGCUCAACAGAAAUGACUGUGAUUAGCUGUGAAGGUCAUCAGUUCACCACUCUUCACCAAGUUCAAACACAAGUACUGGGACAUUAGAGCAUUUUAAAGCCACGAUGAUCAGUCGGUGGCUCACUCGUCUGUGUUUGCACUCGGUAAACAUUGGUGAAGUGCAGUAAACUGAUGACCUUCAUGGCCAAUAACAAUCAUUUCUGUUGAGCACUGGUGAAUACUAUGGCAAAUUAGCGGUGUUUAAGAACGCGCUCAACAGCGCUUAAAUGUUUGCGGGAAUUUUUUUUUUUUACAUUUUAGUAGCGAUUGGUGCUGAAAUUCGGUAUCGUGACAAGUCCAAUAUAGUGAAAGAUAGAGUUCAUUAACUUGAGUUUGAUAUGGCAUCUAAAAUGUGUGUUUGGGGAAAAAAAACAUUAGCUUACUAGUGCUUAGCACUAGUUUUCCUUAACUUAGCUGAAAAUUAGGUCUAAUAUCCCUUUUUAUUUUCACUAUCCAUUCAGAACGGACCUUCGGGUCACUCGGAAGGCAGUGAAAUUUAUAAAUUUGUGUCAUUUUCUCUUCGCUAAUAAGAUAUACAGCCAGGUACACAACGUUAGCCAUUUUAAAAGUGACUCCAGGUGAUACUUCCGGGUUUCUUCCCACAGCAGCCUCGAUUUCGUUUUUAAAAUGGCGGUCGCAUGAAAUCAGUCUAUACAUGGACGUAGUUAUUUUGUGUGUCUGCAUGUACAGUUCAUCCAUUUUUCAGCCUUUCUCUUACAUCCACGAAACUCUGGUCAAACCAAAAGAUUGUUCGGACUCAGAAUACUAUCUAUCUGAUCAGACUUCCCCCAAAAAAUCUCAUAGACUUUCAUUAGGAAUCAGAAAGAGCUUGAUUGCCAGGUAUGUUUGUGCAUACGAGGGAUUUGCUUUCGUAACAGAAGUCUCUACAGUGCAAAAGAAUAACAGAGACAACUUUCAAACAUUAAAUUUUAAGGCAUUUAACGAACAUCCACACAGUUCAGACCUUUAUAACUAUCUAUCAUUGACAAAACCUAGGAACGGUACGAAACUAGCGCAUGUUAGCAACAUGCUAAAACAUGAUUGUGUGUGCUAGAAGAAUCUACCCUUAUAAAAAUUAGCUUUGGUUAUACUGCAAAUAAAACCAAAACAAGUAAGGUUAUUGUACUUAAACCAUGGUAACCCCAAAUCAACCGCUUCAUUUUGCUACUCUAACAUGCUGGCUACAAUGCUAAUUCAUGUUAACAAAACAUUAAAAAGGCUAAACAUGUUAAAAAGAUGCCAAUCCAUGGUAAAAUGCUAAAACACUAGCAAUGUUAAAACAUAACAAAAUGCUAAUUCAUACUAGUAAUGUGAUAACCAAAAUUACUACUACUUUUAUUUUUACUACAAAUAAACCAAAACAAGUAUGAUUACUGUACUUAAACUAUAAUAACCACAAAUCAACCAUAUCGUUUUGCCACACUAACUUUAGUUUAACCAUGGUAUUUGUUGUUAAAUGGUGAAGAAAUGGUAAUCAGUGUGCCAAACAAACCAUGUUUUCUACACUUUCCUGUUGAAAAAACAGCUUAAACCAGCCUAGGCUGGUUGGCUGGUUUUAGCUGGUUGAAUGUCCAGAUAAAACCAGCUUGACCAGCCUGGUUUAAGCUGGACAUAGCUGGUUUUGGCUGGGCUCCCAGCCUGGUCAAACUGGUUUUACCUGGUCAUCUCCCAGCCUGACCAGCUAAGACCAGGCUGGAAAUGGCUGAAACUAGCCUGAAAUGGCCAAAACCCCUCUAAAACCAAGCUGGUUGACCAGCUUAAACCAGCUAACCUGCUUAGGCUGGUUUAAGCUGUUUUUUUCAGCAGGGUUAUUGUAAAACCGUGGUUAAUUAUCAUAAGGGGGGCAAUGUUGUAAAAAUUGCUAAUUCAUACUAGCAUUGUAAGACAGGCUGGCUACAUGCUAAUUCAUUUUGACAAAACAUUGAAAAGGGUAAAUGUCUUAAAAAUAUGCCAAUUCAUAGAAAAAUGCUAAAACGCUAGCAAUGUUGAAAGAUAUCAAAAUGCUAAUUCAUGCUAGUAAUGUAGUAACCAAUAUUAUUACUACAAAGAAAACCAAAACAAGUAUGAUUAUUGUACUUAAACUAUGAUAACCACAAAUUCACCAUAUCAUUUUGCCACACUAACCUUAGUUUAAACAUGGUAUUUGUUGUUAAAUGGUGAAGAAAUGGUAAUGUUUACAAACCAUGUUUACUACACUUAUUAUAAAACCAUGGUUAAUUUCCAUAAGUGGUAAAACAUGUUAAUGUUUGAAAAUGUGCUAAUUCAUAUUAACAAAACAUUAAAAAUAGUAAACAUGUUAAUAAUACCAUGCCAAAUCAUGUCAAAUGGCAAAACACUUGCAAUUUUGAAACAUAACAAAAUACUAAUUCAUGCUAGUAGUGUGUUAUCAAAAAUUAGCCUUGGUUUUACUACAGAUAAAACCAAAACAGCUUCAGUUUCUGUACUUAAACAAUGGUGAUCACAAAUCAACCAUACCGUUUUACCACACUAGCCAUAGUUUAACUAUUGUAUUUGUUGUUCAAUUUUGUAGAAAUAAUCAUCAGUGUGCCAAACAAACUAUUCUUAAUAAACUUAUUGGUUAAUUAUCCAAAGGGUAGCAAUGUUGUAAAAAUUAUUAACAUUUGAAAACAUGCUAGAAACUUGCCAAUUCAUACUAGCAUUGCUAAACAUGCUGGCAACAUGCUAAUUCAUGUUUACAAAAUAUUAAAAAUAGUAAACAUGUUAAUAAUAACAUGCCAAUCCAUGGUAAAAUGUUAAUACUCUAGCAGUUCAUGCUCAUAAUGUGGUAACCAAAACAUGCUAAGAACUUGCUAAUUCAUACUAGCAUUGUUAAACAUGCUGGCAACAUGCUAAUUUAUGUUAACAAAACAUUAAAAAGGUAAACAUGUUAAAAAGAUGCUAAUUCAUGGUAAUUGCUAAAACGCUGCAAACAUAACAAAAUGCUAAUUCAUGCUAGUAAUGUUAUAAACCAAAAUUAGCCUUGGUUUUACUACAAAUAAAACCAAAAGUAUGGUUAAUGUACUUAAACCAUGGUAAUUGUAAUCAUGUUAACAAAACAUUAAAAAUAGUAAACAUGUUAAUAAUAACAUGCCAAUCCAUGGUAAAAUGAUAAAACGCUAGCUGUGUUCAUGCUAGUAAUGUGGUAACUAAAACAUGCUAGGAACUUGCUAAUUCAAACUAGCAUUUUGAAACAUGCUGUCAACAUGCUAAUUCAUGUUAACAAAACAUUGAAAAGGUAAAUAUGUUUAAAAAAUGCCAAUUAAAAUGCUAAAACGCUACAAACAUAACAAAAUGCUAAUUCAUGCUAGUAAUGUGGUAACCAAAACAUGCUAGGAACUUGCUAAUUCAUACUAGCAUUGUUAAACAUUCUGGCAACAUGCUAAUUCAUGUUAACAAAUUAAAAAGGCUAAACCUGUUAAAAAGAUGCUAAUUUAUAGUAAAAUGCUACAAAAAUAACAAAAUCUUAAUUCAUGCUAGUUAUGUGGUAACCAAGCUAGAAAUGUUCAAACAUGUUGGUAACAUGUUAGCAUAGUGUUAAAUCGUGGUGUGGUAUCAUUAGAAACAUGCUAACGAAAUUAAAUUUCACGCAAGCUAGUAUGUUAAACUUUUUUUGUGCUUUAAUGGCCAAAUAAGUCUGGUUUUUGAUAGACCUUUACUGGAUUAUUAUUGCUUUUGCUUAUUCGCAGCUCUGUUUAUUUACUAUGUUUUGUUGUUGUUUGUUUUUAUGGUAGAUUGAGCUUCAUUUUAUACAUUGCCAGCAGAAACGCAUGCAUACAUUUUCCAUUAAUGCUAAGUUAUCCUGUUUAGUAAAUCUGGCUUUUAGCUUCAGUUUUUGAAUGAUUUGAAUGUGCUAUUUACUCUUUCUAAAUCAAUAUAUGUUUUUGAGAUUAUUAAAUUUCUAGAAAGCACUUAAAUCUACAUCAGACAUGCUGAACGAAGAUUUUUGUAAGCGUUUAUAUACCAAAGGCUCAUAGCAGCAGCUGGAAGCCUUGUGUCCUCACAGUUGGACCGCUCUGAUUUUAGACUUUAAAGUCACGUCAGGAUUUUUUAGGUUCUUCAUGAACUGCAGAGCUGUGAAUUUAUUUUCUUAUUGUGUCUCAUUUUGUAUUUAAGCAUCUCAUUAUCAUUAGUCUGACAGCCAGGACGUGCCUUUUUUAAAUCAGAGCCCCAAUCAUGCACUUGUACAUGCUAGCUUUCGUAAUAUAUCUCAAUGUAAAUACCUUUUACUCUUCUGUUUGGUUUUAGUGUUAUCUUUGUUAUUAUUUUUGGAUGUCGUGCGCAGCUGACAUGACUCAAGACGAAAUCUGAGUCGUUUCAUUUCAGCUGCCGGAAAAACUUCUUGCGUGUGUUUUACAAAUUAAAAUAUAAAAUUGUUAAGCAUUUUGUUUAAGAUAUUAUCUGAAUCAUAGUAUCAGUUUUGUUUUAUAUACUUCUUCUGAACUUGUCAGGCAGGAUAUGUACUGCAUCUUCAUAUCUGCCUGCAAAGACAAAGAUAUACUGUAAGUGUGUCUGUAUUUGUGUAUAUAUGUAUUUAUAAAUUUUCUAUGUUUUCAUGUGCAUAUGUGAUUUGAAUUAUGACCAGCUGUACCAUUUGAAACUUUUUGUAGAUGUUACUUCGCCAACAUAUCAUGCAUCAUAAUUUUAUGAACAAUAAAUUACACCAACAGCUUUAAA